CAAACAACAAAGCGUGUGUAGUGUAUUUUAUAUUCUCUGCAAACACUUUCUUAAUAAAUUGUUGUACUUCUUGAUCCUAUUAUUAUUAAAAUGGUUUUAAAACCCAAGAGAAUCAGCUAAAUUAAUAGCUUCUAAAGCACAAAUGGUUAAGAUAAACGACUCUGGCAUAGAAAAGCUUGGUAACAUUUUAGUGGAAGAGAUUGAAUCUGGAAAAUUAUCUCCAAGUAAUUUUAGUCAAACAGAUCUUCAUCCCAAACCAACUGAUAAACAUGCUAUUGAUUGGAUAUUUGUUGUGGAUACAUUGAAUUUUUGUUUCUGGCACCAUAAAUUUGAAGAGGGCUGGGUUGUAAAUGGUUUAACAGGGUAUUUUGCCCUAUGUGGUGCAAUAAAUCGAGCCGUUAAACAGGGGAUAGAUAUCUUGAAUCCAAAAUUUUAUUCUACCGUUACUAAGGAAAAGUUGGCAGAAAUUCUCAAAAGUGACAAUAAAGUGGAAAUCCCGCUUUUUGAUGAGAGAUUGAAAUGUUUACAUGAAGUUGGGAAUGUGCUUCUGGAAAAAUUUGAUGGAACAUUUGAAAAUGUUGUAAAGAAAGCCAAUCACAGUGCCAAGACUUUGCUAAAUUUAGUAGUUGAAAACUUUCAGUGUUUCAAAGAUGAAGCAGACUAUAAUGGGCAAAGAGUAUCAUUAUAUAAACGAGCUCAGAUUUUAGUUGGGGAUAUAUGGGCUUGUUUUGAGAAUAAAGAUCUUGGUUACUUUGAAGAUAUAGAAGAAAUGACAGCGUUUGCAGAUUACCGUGUUCCGCAAACGUUGCUUUGGUUUGGGGCAUUAGAAUACCAGGAGGACCUACAAGCUUACUUGGACGACAAUGUCGUUUUUAAAAAUGGAGAUGAUGAAGAAAUCGAAAUCAGAGGAUGUACUAUACAUGCAGUGGAACUUCUAAAGGAAUAUGUUGCCAAGAAACUCAGUAGCAACAAAACUAUUAAUUCCAUUCUGAUUGACCACUUUUUAUGGGAUUUCAGGAGGAAACAUGCAAAAGAAAUUGAAGAGAAGGGUUUACCAUUCCACAAAACGUUUAGUAUUUAUUAUUGAGAUUAUUUUUAACGAUUUGUUUAAAUUAUAAAGUAAGAAAUUA